GACUGCCUUUAUUAUUAAACGUAAGUGCAUCCAAUGUGCUUACUAAGCUGCCGGUUCAUAUCUAAUAGCUUUUCCAGCUCUCAUCAAUAACACUUCCUUAACAUCUAAAGUGCUUUCAGGCUAGACAGUGUACGAACUGCCAAGUUUUUUAGACCGACAGACUACUCGCUAACAAUGUCUAUGUAUCGGUUCUCGGUGGUAUUAGAUUCAUACUGAGAAGUCCGGCUUGUUUUACUCGGUCAGUAGUUUCAGGGGACCAAUUAUAUGAUAGACUUCUAAAACUGUUAAUUUGGUUAAUCUAUUUUGAAUAUUCCAAAGCUUACAUGGCUUCAGCACAGGUUUAUCGUUUCCAACAACGUAUAUCAAAUCUUCAAUCUCAUCAUAAACUUGCAUCGAUUCGACAUUGUGAGGCUGUUAGUAACUAUAUCAGUCAAAACAAUGAAUUGAUGAAAUCUUUGAUGGCUCAUUUAAAGGGUCCAGAUAAAAGUGUGAAAAGAACUAAAAGGAUUACAAAACCUCGGACAACACAUCCACAGUUAGCGAAAUCUGCACGUUUUUCUGCCAAGUCAUAUGCUAUGCAGUCAACUGUCGAGCAAUUAAACGCCAUACAUCACCAUUCAUUAUACAGGCAAAAAAACUUUGUGAACCAAUGUUUGCCUGAAGAAACAUGGAAUAAUUUCGGUACACCGGCGACUAAUGAUGAUCCUUCUGUGUGUAAUUCCAAAGAACCGAUAUUUCCACCACCGACAUAUACAGAACCAAGUUUAAAUUGUGAACCACGCAUACUUGAUGAUUGCUUGUGGGAAAUAUGGAAUGGAGAUAAUAAUGUUCUUCAAAGCAAGCACCAAAUGAGAACACAAACAAGUUAUACCUCGUGUGAUAAAAUAUAUUCAGGUGAUACCCCAUCUUCUAUCUAUAACGGUGCUCAAGAGAAACAAUAUUGGAGUCGUGAUGACGUGUCACUCGAUAUUAAGCAGCAGACAUUAAGUCGCAUUCCUGGUUAUAACAUACCAGCUGCACAACCAAGAGAUUCUUACUGGUUGAAACAAUCCACUUCCUAUGGCGAACCCAAGCACUUACUUCUUGUCAAUAAGCAUGAUAAUUUGUAUCGUAAUGAGCCGUUGAGUACUGCACAAAAUCCAUUCUCUCAUAAUCUGAACGUCAGUUGUAGGAAUAGUAAUUCUUUACUGACUAAUCAAAUGACCAAUUAUUCAGCUGAGUUUUGUACAUCGAAUUCUAGUUACGAGCUAACCGGGUCGUCAAAAAACCAUAUUAAUCCUAUUCUAGUAUCUACUUAUCCGUCGGUAGGAUCUGACAUAAACUCUUGUCGAUCAGCAAUUUUUGAUCCUGAUGAAUGUUUUAGGCCGUAUUAUGAUUGUACCUCUUAUCAUCCAUCCGGAAGCAACAAUAAUGGUAGUAGCAGUGGUGGUGAUAAUAGCAGCACCAGUAAUUAUCAUUUUUAUCGAGCAGAUCUGAGCGCCCUACAGUCAUAAACAUCAAAACAAUCAAUGAUAUGAAAAUCUACUGUAGUUCCUUUACUCAACUUUAAUUUAUGUGCACUUGUGUUAUAUUCUUCUGUUUUCCAUUUGAUUUCUAAUUGAGAUAAAAUCAUCAAGAAUGAGUUUUGUGAUACACAUUAAGAAAAAGAAUUGGACAAUUCGUUUUGUCAAACUAAUAUCUUUGUUUUUCGCUAAC